CUGGUCGAGGUGCAUUGUGGGGAGGGAAGUCGUUGCCAUUCGACCUCUGCGGGGCCUGCGCGGACGCAGCGAGAACCCUGAAAUUCAUUAUGCGUUUAAAACCUUUAUUUAUUUCCGCAUAACCUACAUACUCUCACCGGGAGGGCCAAGCGGAGAAAAGAAACGACGACGGUCCAUCUCUUUCGGGAAAUAACAUCGUUUACAAAGUACAAUAUUAUUACCGGAGGGGGAUACUGUUGAGAAAGUGAAGAUUGUAAUAUAUAUUAAGAAAAAUGUCCGGUGAGAGAAACCGCAGGUCGCUGGCUUUCCGAGGAGGUGGAUUAGCUGGGUUCACGGGUUCCAGCGGUAUCGGUGGGGGGAACUGUAACAGCUGGGAGGCCCCGGCCUGUCAAGACCGACAUUUUAACGGGAAUAGGCCGGAUCAAGAGGAGGACAGGGAUCUGGGGGCAAAAGGACCGUCGCAGAAGAGAGUGGAGGGCGCUGGGUCUGUCAGCGAUAGCACGGAACCCGAGGCGGAGGAAGAAGAGGACCCGGAAGGGGGUAGCUGGGCAGCGGGAGACGGCGACGAUCGUGUCGACUCGGUUGGAGCGGAGGACGGGUCCAGGGAGGGUGGUAGCCGGGGGACAACGGGGAACGGUCCCAGCAACACUGACAGCCAGGAGUCGGGAAGCGGAGCGAGGGGAGCCGAUACCAGGAAAUCUGGGGUAGAGAUGAGACCGCAGACGCUGCUUCAGAAACACUCACUAUUCCACGCUUCGUGGUUGCAAGAAUUUCCAUGGCUCAAAUUUUGCCAGGAGACGGGACUCAUGUCCUGCUCCUGGUGUCACAACAUUGCCACUAAAAACAACGACGAGCUCGUCAAAGGCAGCCGUAACUACAAGCGGGCCUUGCUGCUGAGACAUCACCUGUCUUCGGAGCACGGGAGGAAUGACCCCACCAAACAGGAGACGGUGAGGCCCUCGGACAACACCAGCCCCUCCACUAACUGCUCAGAAGAAGAGUACCGCAACAAGCCCCAUGAAAACUCCUACUGUUACCAGCUUCUCCAGGAGCUGGACAAGCAACGCAAAAGUGGCAUCCUGUGCGACGUCAACAUAGUCGUCUCAGGCCAGGUGUUCCGCGCACACAAGAACAUCCUGGUAGCAGGCAGCCGCUACUUCAAAACCCUCUACUGUCUGACCAAGGGUGAGGCCCAGGACCAGGCCACAGUCACGCACCUGGAUGUUGCUGCUGUGCAGGGCUUCUCAGUCAUCCUUGACUUUCUCUACUCCGGGAAUCUGCUGCUCACAAGCCAAAAUGCCAUUGAGGUGAUGUCUGUCGCUAGUUACCUCCAGAUGACGGAGGUUGUACAGUCAUGUAGGGCUUUUAUAAAAGACGCCCUGAAUAUCAGCAUCAAGCAAGAGGCUCCAGAUUCAGUGGUGGUGGACUACAACAAGAGGCAGAUGGUGUCCAAAGAAGGACAGAGAGGGCUGGACCGGAAGCCGACCACCUUCUGGGCCACAAGCAUCCUGUCGAAGCUAUCAAUCAAAGCCAGCAGCAACCAAGGAAAGGACGCGAUGGAAGAAGAUGACGAAACUGGCAGGGUGAAGGAGGAGACCAGCGACAUAGAGGUGACAGUGGUCGGGGGCGAGGGCUGUGCCCUGAUGACCCCCGGAGCCUCCGGUAACUGGACCCACCACAACGACAACUCAUCUGAUUCGGUAGAGACCAAUGAGCCCCGCACGGGGAGCGGCCAGGCGCAGGUCUUCGUCUGGAACGAGCCGGCUCCGGGCGGCACCGCCGCAGCAAUAAAGCGAGAGGCACCGGAUCCUGUGGCCGGGAGCGGGCGGAGGAAAAAACAGACCACCACACGGCGCUUUGUCUACAACAUCCCACCAGAACCUGAGGAGGGAUUCGACGAGGGGAUGUUCAUCCAGCCUUCAGCCUCCUACCCCAGAGAGGACUUCUCCUCCCUCUCUGAAAACGCCGAGCUGGCCAAUCAGAUCCAGUAUAGCAUCAUCCAAGACUUACAGCAAGGGGAGUCCUGGGAGAAUGGUGAGUCCUCACACCUAGCCCUCAAUAAGCUCAAGUGCCCCCACUGUAACUACAUCGCCAAGCACCGACGCACGCUCAAGAGGCACCUGAUCAUCCACUCGGGUGUGCGCUCCUUCAGCUGUGACAUCUGUGGCAAGCUGUUCACCCGCCGUGAGCACGUAAAGAGACAUUCCUUGGUGCACAAGAAGGACAAAAAAUACAAGUGCAUGGUGUGCAAGAAGAUCUUCAUGCUCGCCGCCAGCGUCGGCAUCCGCCACGGCUCGCGGCGCUACGGCGUGUGCGCGGACUGCGCCGACUCGCACCAGGCCACUCAGGAGGGCCUGGAGGGCAUGGAGUUCCCACGCGACGAAGACUUUGACGGGGAAGAAGGCGAGGACGUGGAGGGGGAGGAACCCACCGACAACGACCAAUCAAAUUGGGGCGAGGGCAACGCUGGUGCUGCCCCGGAAGAGGACAAAGAAUUUUAACAAGCUUGAGAAACAAAAUUUAAAAGUCUAAAAAAAAAAAAAAAAAAAAAGUUGAUGUUUAAUAUAUAUGUAUACAAAAUCUAGCUGGUAAACAAUCAACUCCAAAGUGCUAUCAAACCUUGAGGUUACUUAAUUGUGCAAGUAUAUGACAAAGAGAUGGAUUUUUUCUUUUUUUUUUCUUUUUCUAAAGUUUAGAGUGGGAACUCCAAGAUGUACAGAUGUUGUUAUUGUUUAAAAUGUGUCCAACUCUGGGCCCAGCGCCCACAAGAGAACGAACCUAAAGACGAAUAAUAUGAUGAAUCAGGUUUUUGGUGAUGUAUUUUUAUUUGGGCAGGGUGACGUAGUUCUUGAGUUGAGGUAGGCCAAUCAUCUAUCAAACAAAUGUUAAUUAUUUAAUUUAUGAAGAGAGGAUAUUUUGGUCUUAUCAAAUGCUAUAAUUUUUAUUUCUGUUGUGUUUGUGUCUUCGAGCGGAGGCUCAGUUAAAGGCUGUCGCUCUCUGCUCAGCCUGAAAGUUUAUUGCUUGGUGCUUGCUAGAAAGCACACAGAAGAAGAGCAUUAAUGUCCACAGGAAGAUUUUUACCGUGCUCUGUAGAUGAUGUUUAGACUAAAGAUGCGCUAAAUAUUAUAAUAUUCUUUUCUAUUUUUUUUUUUCUUUCCCUGCACAAAAUCUUGGAACCAAAAAAUCUGUUUUGUGACUCUAAUGUAUCUCAGCCAUAUUUAUGAUUAAUUUAAGAGGGCUGCGAUAUUGUGCCAAACAGACCGCACACCAAGAUUUAGCAGGAAACAAAAAACUACUGAAUACGCUUAAAAGAAAAAAUAAUUUAAAAAAAAACAUAAACAAAAAAAAAACUUGGGUUUGUUGUUAAGCGGGGAAAAAAAAGAGACGAAUAAAAAAAGAAAGUACAAGGGGAAAUGUUAUUGCUAGCUUUAUACAAAUCACAGCGUCACAGUAACACUUUAUUAUUAUUAUUAUUAUUAUUAUUAAACAAAAGCAUUUGACUUUCACUUAAAGCUUGAAUUUUGCCAAAUGAUGAAACGUUUGGUGCUGUAAUGCUUGUUGCAGAAUACUGGACCUACAGGCUAUAUAUGAUGUUUAUAAUCAUAAAGCUUAAAACUGACUCAGUUAUGCAUAUGUAAUCAGCUUAAACUAUAGAACACUGUUGUGCUACGGCGACUAUCAGGUAUGCUUUGCCAUCAUUUUUUAAAAAUCUUUUGUUUUUUUUUAUUUAAUGCACACACACAUACCAUUUUGUAGAACUACCGGCAGUACUUGUAAUUGACAUUUUGAGGACCUAAGCGGACAUCAAUACCUGUAUGCGUUUGUCUAUAUUUGGUACUGAGGUUUAAACUAAAUAUAUUGAAAUCACUUGAACGUUAAAGGGGGAGUGUGGGGGGGUUGGGGGUGGGGGGAUGUGUGCAGAAAUCAUGAGUUGUGAUGUUUUAAGUUUAAGAACUCCAUUUUUCUUGUGUAAGAGAUAUACAUCAGAAAUGUCAUCAGUUUAAUUUGAGUUAUUAUUUUUAUUUUAUUUUUUUUUAUUAUCAUUUUGUUCCCUAGGUCUGCCAGGUAGAAAACACUUUGUUCCACAAAAAGUGAAGCUCUAUGGCGCCUCAUAGACAUGCACUUACUUUUGCGUUCAUGAAAAGAGUUUUCUUUUUAUGUUUCUGUGUCUCCCCAAAAAGCGGGUCUGAAUGGAACUAUAUAAAAACCGUUGUCUUUCUUCCAAAUGCGCAACUUUCUUUCUUUUUUUUAUAUAUAUAUAUAUAUAUAUUAGACGUUUUUUUUUGUUUGUUUUUGUUAUUUAAUAUUAUAUAUUGACUCCAAAAUGCAAUCAAGACUGUUAAUUUCUAUUUGUCCAACCAAAAUUGUCGUUUUUAAUUAUUGUUGAGCUGUAAUGUAUGAGAGAAGCCAGGUGAAUACUUGCUUAGUGUAGAAAAUCCUUGCUCGUGUCUGUAAUUGUUGAGAUUUUAAAUGUUUUUAAUGCUACAGAAUCAUUCACUUUACCCUAGAAACAUAUAAUUUUUUUUUUGUCCUUUUUUUUCCACAGAUGUUUCCUUUUUCUCCUUUUGUUAUUUCAUUAAGCACAUAUUUUCUAAAGAAACACGGAUUGUUUGCGGGUUAAAACCUUGGGAACAGCAGUAUCUGUUCAUAUGCAGUGGAAUAUACAGUAUGUACUGAAGUGCUGAUGAUACAGAAGAUGUGUAACUUCCUUUAUGCUCAGUGGAAGAAGAUAUAUUUUAAGUCCUAGAGAUAUUCAUCCUCUUCGUGUCACUUUUACCUUCAAAUCACUGUAGGAGGGGUUAUAUUAAGGAUAUAUAUGUUGAGAAUAUAUGAGAUAAAAAUAUAUAUAUAUAUGGAAAAUGAUAUUAUUUAACUAGUGGAUUUACUUAAUGGAUCACAGUUGGCUGCAGACCUCCUGUCCUGGUGGCUUAUUUCCGUGAACUUCGACCUUCCGCUUUCUCUCGCCACACCAUCCUGUUGUCUUGUUUGUUCUUUUGAUACUAUUUACCAUCCUACUGAUUUUACUGUAAUGAAUGAAACUCAUGAUGUAUCAUUUUAGAUUUUAUGCUGUAUUUGUUAUAUGGACAAAACAAACACGAAAAAACAAAAGCAAAAAACACUACAGAUGUAAAAGCAGAGGUUUUUUUCCCCCAGCUGUAUUUUUUUACGCUGUUGCAAAAGGUUGUAUUUUUCAAUCUCUCUCUCUCUCUCGUCUCUCUGUCCCUCAAACUUUUAACAGUGAUGCAAAACUCGGGCCGCGCCUCAGUGCCCAUCCGAACACAAAGCAAAUUCAGGUUACUCUUUUUACGUUUUUAUCAAAGGGUUUUCAAAGAUGGAACUACAUUCUCCUUUUUCUGUCUGAAAUGUACUACUGUUCCUCUCUAUACUACAUUUUAAAAAUAAAACUUUGAUAUUGCUUUAA